AUGAAGGGCUUCGGGAUUUUGCUGUUGGCGAGCGUUGCGGCAUCACAAACAUUCCAACUGCCACGUGCACCAGUCAACAAUCCGAUAGUCUUCAAGUUGCCACAUGCGCCAGUCAAUGGCUCAACUGUGGUGGAACCCGAACCUGGCGCCACCGAUUUCAUCGAUCGUUUCUUCGGCUUUGAACGUCUGCACCUGAUUUGCAAGGGAGCCAACCAGGCAGCUGAAAAUGCUUCGACCCCGGCUGAGAAGGUUCUGAUCCACGACUUCAUGUACCUGUACUGCGAAGGGGAAGGCUGGAAGCCUCAGUACAAUGAAUACGUCCAAUGCGCCGACAAACUGGGCAACAAGACGUUGCGACAUUGCAAAAAGCCAGUGGCCGCCGCCCUGGAAUUGAAAGCCGAUAACGGAUCCCCUGAAUGCAUGGCCCAGGCGAACCAUGCUGAAUGCGUCCUCACCGACUUCGGGAUGAGCUGCGGCGGGCGCCCGGCCACGAAAUUCUUCUCGCAAGUCGUCAUCUUUUUCCUGGAGCGCCUCGUCAACAAGGCCGAUCAGAAUAUCUGCGAAGACACGAUCGCCCGUAUCAAGACCCUCAUCAUCUAUCAACAGAAAAUGAUGUGGCUCGCCGGACAGCUA